AUGCGAUUUGCUUUAAAGCCAGAUGGUAUCACGUAUUUAACAAGCAAUCUACAACGACGGCUAUGUCUUAUCAUUCUGCAACUAAUAAGGAAAGGCAAAAGAAAAUUCUUGAUCAACGCAUGUGCACCAUAUAGAUUUAGUAGCCAAAACAGUGAUGGGAAAAAGGAUUAUACGUCGUCAAAAAGAGAUGUCCGUGGACAUCUGUAA